AUGUUUAUUGUUAUUUUACUUCUAAUCUUCUUUUUGCACUAAAUGUUUUGGAUCCACCCUGAGCUAAGAGUACUGCUGUAGUUUCUUUCUGCCAAAGAAGAACUACAAAUCCCAGCAAAUCCCCACUCUCUACAAUCCCUAAAGAGGUUUAAGUUGUGCCCGGACGGAUCAAACAGCGCUGGAGACAACAGGACACGGACAUGCCUCUUAAACGAGAAGAUACAGAGCGUGCUCUGUUGGCUAUGGAGGCGUGUCAGUCUGCAGCAGGUGAGGGGUUCAGGGGGAGAGCAGAGCAUCUUCUGCACAUCUUUCAGAGUGACCUCUUCCAGGCUCUGCUGGAUAUUCAGGAGUUUUAUGAACUCACAGUGUUUGAAAACCAGACGUCAGAACAACCCCAAGCUCCGGGACUCCAGAAAUAUCGUUAUCAGGAUGAAGAGACUCCGCCCCUGGAACACAGCCCUGCCCACCUGACAGCCGGAAAGAGCGGAGAACUUCUACACCUUAGCGACGGAAGCCACAUCCCCAUGGACGGUGUUCAUGGUUACGUCCCUCAUCCGCACAUAUCACCUGCAAAGCCUGUGUUACUACCCAGCAGCCACGCCCCUUACUACGCCACCUCAACUCUGGCUUCUGUUCCGGUAGUUAACACCAACACACUUGAUGGUUCCCCCUACAUGAAUGGGUUGAAUGGAGAAGUGGAGUAUGAGGAGAUCACGUUGGAGAGGGGUAACUCUGGGCUGGGGUUCAGUAUAGCAGGUGGUACAGAUAACCCCCACGUAGGAGACGACCCCAGCAUCUUCAUCACCAAAAUCAUCCCUGGAGGAGCAGCAGCUCAGGACGGCAGAUUGAGGGUUAAUGACAGUAUUCUGUUUGUUAACGAUGCUGAUGUACGAGAGGUGACCCACAGUCAGGCUGUCGAUGCCCUGAAGGAGGCGGGGCCUAUUGUCCGCCUUUACAUCCUGCGCCGAAAACCUGCUAUAGAAAAACUCACCGAAAUCAAAUUAAUCAAGGGACCCAAAGGACUGGGCUUCAGUAUAGCAGGUGGUGUGGGUAAUCAGCAUGUUCCUGGUGAUAACAGCAUCUAUGUGACUAAAAUUAUUGAGGGCGGAGCUGCACACAAAGAUGGGCGGCUACAAAUUGGUGACAAAAUUUUAGCGGUGAACAACAUGAUUUUGGAGGAUGUAAUGCAUGAAGACGCUGUGGCGGCGCUGAAGAACACAGCGGAGGUUGUUUACCUCAGAGUGGCUAAAGCUCCAAAUCUUUACCCUCAGGACACGUACAACCCCCCAGAUAUCACCAGCUCAUAUUCUCCUCAUAUGGACGAUAUGGGUCAUGGCUAUUUGUCAGACUACCCCCAAACCCUCACCCCCACGUCACCACGGCGAUAUUCACCCAUUCCCAAGGGCAUGCUGAUGGGAGAUGAGGAUAUCCCCAGAGAGCCCAGGCGGGUGCUGAUUCAUCGUGGUUUGUCUGGUUUGGGCUUUAAUAUUGUUGGAGGUGAAGAUGGUGAGGGAAUCUUCAUCUCCUUUAUUCUAGCUGGUGGACCAGCAGACCUGAGUGGGGAACUGAGGAAAGGAGACCAAAUACUGAGUGUAAAUGGGGUGGACCUGCGGCAUGCGACACAUGAACAGGCUGCAGCAGCACUAAAGAACGCAGGACAGACUGUCACCAUCAUCGCCCAGUACAGACCAGAGGAGUACAGUCGGUUUGAGGCUAAAAUCCAUGAUCUGCGGGAACAGCUGAUGAACAGCAGUAUGGGGUCCGGAACGACGUCACUUCGGACCGGCAAGAGGAGCUUUUAUAUCAGGGCUCUGUUUGAUUAUGAUAAGACGGCGGACGGGGGGUAUCUGAGUCAGGCGGUGAGUUUCCGGUUCGGGGACGUGCUGCAUGUGCUGGAAUGCAGUGAUGAUGAGUGGUGGCAGGCUCGGAGACUCUCACCACACGGAGACCUGGAGGAGGCGGGAUAUAUUCCCAGCAAGAGGAGAGUUGAGAGGAAGGAGUGGUCCCGCCUGCGGUCGAAAGGAAGAGACAGUAUAGGUCGUGACGACUACAUUCAGAGUUAUGAGAUUGUGACACAGAUUGAGGUGCAUUACGCUCGCCCUAUCAUCAUCCUCGGCCCGAUGAAGGACCGCGUCAACGAUGACCUCCUCUCCGAGUUCCCGGACAAGUUCGGCUCCUGCGUCCCUCAUACAACACGACCAAAGCGGGAAUAUGAAGUUGACGGGAGGGACUAUCACUUUGUGUCGUCACGGGAACAGAUGGAGAAGGACAUCCAGAGCCAUCGAUUCAUCGAGGCGGGACAGUACAACAGCCAUCUGUACGGAACAAGCGUGCAGAGCGUCCGAGAGGUGGCCGAACAGCUUGGGAAGCACUGUAUCCUGGAUGUUUCUGCGAACGCAGUGAGGAGACUGCAGGCGGCGCAGCUUCAUCCUAUCGCAAUCUUCAUCAGACCAUCCUCGCUGCAAAACAUACUUGAUAUUAAUAAGCGCCUGACAGAGGAGCAGGCAAGAAGAGCUUUAGACCGAGCCAUCAAACUAGAGCAAGACUUCAUAGAAUGCUUCACAGCAAUUGUGGAGGGCGACAGCUUUGAGGAAAUCUACCACCGCAUCAAAUCUGUGAUUGAGGAGCAGUCAGGACCAUACAUCUGGAUACCAGCACGAGAGAGACUGUAAAAACACAGACAUACACACACAUACAUACACAUGCACACACACACACACAUAUGCACACGUACACACACACACACACACACACACACACACACACACACACACAUGCAGAUCUGUGGGAAGCCGAAAUGGUUGGAGCUCCUCAUCAUCCUUACAAAGACUUGAAUCAAUAUGAACAAAGCUCUCUCUCUUUCUCUCUUUCUCUGCCUCUCACUCUAUCUCUCUUUUUGUCUCUCUAUCUCUCUCUCUCUCCCCUGUUGUGCUGCUUCCAUUGUUACCUUAAAGUCGUGUUGACCAAUCAGGAUCAGACUGGUGGCCUGAUAUGGGAGGAACAAGCUAAAGCAAACUGAAGGAGGAGAACCAGAAGAACCAAGAGAACCAGAAGAAUGGAUUGAACAAGAAACAAACUGAAAAUGGACAGAACAGAAAGAGAGAGAGUGAGAGAGAGAGAAGAAAACAAACUGCUGUUUGUGGACUUAAAAGACAUGGGUCAUAUCAGCACACACACAUAUACACAAAUUGACUUACACACACACACACACACAAACACAUACACGUUCACACUCUCAUAUACACAAAGUCUUACAGUCUGAUUAAGGACAAAAUGAAGGUGCGUGGUAGGAGAAUGUGAGCUCCAGAAAAUGCUGUUUUUACUCCUGUGUAAGAGUGUGUGUGUGCGUAAGUGUGUGUGUGUGUGUGAGUAUGUGUGUGUGUGAGAGACUAUGGAGUGAACCACUGACUCCAACAGCAGCACCAAUGACGAUGGAUGACGAUGUGUAGACGGAGCUAAACAGAGCAAAAAAACAGAAAGAGGCAAUAUGAGAGAUCAGAGGAGCACUCAGCACUUUACUGACACAUCCCCAACCCCUCACACACACACACACACAUACACACAUACACACAUACCCACACACACACACAUACAUACACACACAGUCUAUUAUGUAACUAUAAACAAAACACACAUAAACUUUAACUGUAUGUGAAUCCUCAACGCUCCAGACGUGCGAGUGAGUGUGAAUGUGUGUGUGUAAGUAAGUGUGAGUGUGUGUAUGUGUGAUAGAGUGUAUGAAUGCAUGCUUAAGGGAGUGUGUGUGUGCGUGCGCACGUGUGCUGGUGUGUUCUGUAUAGGGCUACUGUUUACACGCAGUUCUACUCUAAUCUGCUGUGUCUGCACAAUACUUGGGGGUGGGAGGAGGGGCAUUUAUCUACACAAAGUCGAGCCGAUGAACUACAAGCAAAAACUACAAUUCACAAAGGAAGGUGGAGCUUAAAGCGAUAAUUCAGUUUCGUCUGUUACCCUAAAAUGUAAUCAACCAGCUAGAACCUGAUUAGUGCUAAUAUACGUAGGUCCUCACUCCCCCGCUGGCCUGCACUCGCAUUGCGUUUAAACAAUCCGUGCCCGAGCACGCUUACGUCACUCUCUAUUCAGUGAGCUUGCGAAUGUUGCGGUGUUGUGCCGAAUUCAACACCCCCGCCAUGAAAGGCACCCUCUCUUGGGAGCGCGUCUUUUUGAUAAAAGGGGAAAUAAUCUGCUUUAACUUACUUAGAACAGUCUCAGUUAUAACAGUGAUUAUUACGUACAUAGCGAUACAGCACGCACUCACGAGAGGUAGUGCUUUUCCUGGCGGGGUGCUGAAUUUGCCACAACACCGGCAUGUUUGUUUACAGGAUUGUUGCAUCACAUUACAUUGCAUUACAUCAUCUUGUUCCGUGCUAGGGUACGGAUCACACACACGCUGCAUGCGUACUGUGCUCAAGUCCAAGCUUUGGGAGGUAACUGUGGCCAGGCACGGCACGGAUUGCCUAGUGUGAGUACACCCUAAUAUAACUAACAAGUAAUAUACUACGAAUUAGCACUGGAGCUACAAAUCUAUUAAAUAAUAGAAGCAUGUACCCCACCAAUUAGCACUGGAGCUAUAAGGCUAAUAUAGCUUAUGGGGGGUUUAUACUUCAGUAUAUACACUGCCAUUUAGCACUAAAGCUAUGAGGCUAGCUAAUAUAGUUCACUGCUAAUAGUGGCAUAUACACCACUAUUUAGCUCUAAAGCUACAGGUCUAUCGAUCAAAUAAUGGAAGCAUGUAUCCCCACCAAUUAGCACUGGAGCUAUGAGGCUAGCUAAUAAAGCUAACUACUAAUAAUAGCAUAUACACACCAUUUAGCUCUGAAGCUACAGGUCUAUAUUUCAAAUCAUGGAAGCAUGUAUCCCACCAAUUAGCACUGGAGCUAUGAGGCUAGCUAAUAAAGCUAACUACUAAUAAUAGCAUAUGCACCACCAUUUAGCUCUAAAGCUACAAGUCUAUCUAUCAAAUAAUGGAAGCAUGUACAGAGGAAAUGAGGCUAAUAUAGCAGUAACAAUAGUCUUCUGAAGACAGUUUGAGGUUUAAAAGGCAAGUGGGUCAUCACUAGUUAGCACUGGAUAUACCAGGAUAAUUAACAGGUAAUGGCAACUUAUUACCUACCUUACCAGUUAAGACAGGAGCUAAGAGGCUAAUGUAGUUAGCUAACUAGUGAUGGUGACGUAUACACCAUUAAUUAGCCCUGAAGCUAUGAGGCUAAUGUAACUAACAGGUAAUGGAAGCAUACGACACACCAGUCAGCACUGAGGCUAUGGGGCUAAUAGCUAGCUAACUAGUAAUAGUGGCAUAUACACAGCCAUUUAGCACUGGUACUGUAUGGCUAAUGUAGCUAACAGUAGCCUACUAAAUAUCUCCACACAGUUUGAGGUUUAAAAAGGGAAGUUGGUGGGUCAGAAGCUUCCACUGGUUGUUAGCUACAUUAGCCUCCUGGUUCCAGUGUAAAACUAAACAUGUCCUAAGCUACAUUUAGGAUAAGAGGGGAAACUGUAUUGUUGUUGAAUUAUUGCUUUAAAACAAAUGCCACAUUAUUACAUGGUGGUGCUUUACACACUGAUGAUGUUCCUCUUCCGGCCAAAACUGGGGAAAGGCAACAGAAGGAGAAAUUAAAGCUGAAGUUCACGGACUUUAGGCUGAAUUAUUUAAUAACAUUCUGAGAAACAGGCUUUAGAGAAUUUAUUAUAAUUAUUAUUAUUUAUUUAUUUGGGGUUUUAUUGGUUUAGUUUUAUUUAUUUUUUUCCUGUAAGGGUAGGGGAUCAGAGUUUGUUUUGUAUAUUGUAAAGAAAUAAUACUGUCAGGUUUGACUAUAUUACUGUACAUAGAGACGUUUGUGACUGUAAACUUAUGGGGCUUUGAAUACUUCUGUAGAAUCAGGGCAUAUUCAUACAACACACAUGCAUCUGUCUGAGCCAAAACUACACUACACUGAAACUUAGCUGGACUACAGUACCCACAAUACACCUAUCAAUAUUACAGAACCCACAUACACCAAUCAGAACUACAGUACCCACAGUACACCUCUCUACAGAACUUUAGAAUCCAAGAUACACGUCUAUACAGAUUUCAGAACUUCAGUACAUACAACACACCUUUCAGAACUACAGUACCCACAAUACACCUCUCAGCUGGAUUACAAUACUCCACUAUAAUACACCAGUCAGAACUAAAACAUUUACUGUACAGCUCCAGCUGUACUGCAGUGCCCAAAACACACCUCUCAGAACUACAGUACACACACUACGCAGUACAGUACAGAACUCUAGUACCCUAGUUUCCACUGUACAUUCCUCAGCUGAACUACAGUACCCACAAUGCAUUAUUCCAUUGAAACACUAUCAUCAAAACUAAAGGUGCAACCCCGACAGCAUAAACAGUCAUACACACACAAACACACACAGACAUACACACAUGCCAUCAUGGGCCAGAAUAAAGUGAACAAUAAAUGCAGAGCCCAGGUGAACAGAAUUGGGGUACUGGUUCGAUUCAUCCUGGUAUUUUUUGCACUUGGUGUGAAUUCGGCUCUGAUCUGAAACCUCAAGCUGCUCACAUCUCUGCCCAGCGUUCUUCAACUCUGUUUCAUAUCGUUUUAUUUCUAUUUUAUCAUAACUACAGCGAAUGGACUGUAUACCAGGCAUUACCAAUGUAUUUAAGAUCAUUUAUCUUGCAAGAGAACAAGAGUUAUCUCUAUGAUGAAGUGAAAUGGAUUAAAAUUAUAUUUCAGUGAAACGCCUGUUGUAAAUUAGCUAUAAAAUAUUACUAAUUAAUUACAUUAAAGACAUUUUAUGAAAAAAAA